GACUUCCACGGAAGUUAUCCCCGCUGCUGUCUCACUCGCGACACUCAGCUGUGCCACUGUGCUGUCUGCUAGAUCAACUUGCUGUCAAAUUGUCACUGCCAGCCUGUUGGCAGUUUGUCGCCGAGCUGCAACUUGGCUGAGCAAGCGCCCGCUGUGUCAAGCUGUGAGCUUUAAAAUAAAGGGAUUUGAACGAUGCUAUGCUUUGGGAUUAGGAAAGAUUGAUGUCUCUUACGCUGAUGAUCAGAUCACAGAGGCUGAUUACGAGCUCCUUUAGAUCUAAACACAAACUGAAAUAUCAAAGCCCGAUAACGCUACUCAGUUCGCAGCCUUGGAGGACAACUGGAAGUUUGACCAUGAAUUCACUUGAUACAGUUGUUGCUAAACUCAAGAAAUUUGCCCCACUCUCUUUGGCUGGCUCAUGGGACAAUGUAGGCCUGCUGGUGGAGCCUAGCCCGCCCAAGUACAUCAGCAAGAUGAUGCUGACCAACGACCUGACAACUGCAGUGGUGGAGGAGGCCAAGGAGAAAACGGUCGACCUGAUUCUGUCCUACCACCCGCCCAUUUUCAAACCGCUCAAGCGCCUCACUCAGUCGUCGUGGAAGGAACGGGUGCUCAUCGAGUGUGCCGAGAGUCGCAUCGCGGUUUUCUCCCCUCACACCAGCUACGACGCCGUGGAGGGCGGGGUUAACGACUGGCUCCUCUCCGCUUUUGAUCUCAAGAAGGGCAGUGUCCGUCCACUGGAGGUCUCACAAACCAAAGACUGUCGCUCUCAUCUGUUCGAGGUGGAUGUGGCAGCAGACAGACUGAAGGAGAUGAGAGAUGAAAUUCUCGUGUCCUGCCUGCCAGCUGACUCUCCCCUGACUGCACAGAAAACAGCAUUCUCUACAGUGGUUCUCAGGUCAACGGGCAGUGAGCAGCUGAGGCUCCAGGUGGCGUGUAACAGCUCCGAGCUCAACGCAAUCAUCACGGCCUUGACCUUGUGCAAAGCCCCGGAAACGUACAGAGUCACUCCGCUCUCUCAGAUCCCACGGCCCGCAGCGGGAGCCGGACGUGUAGCAGAACUGGCAGAACCCUUGAGUCUGGAGCUGCUGGUGUCUCGUGUGAAAACCUUCCUGGGACUCAAGCAUGUGGCCGUGGCGAAAGCUGUUGGCGAAGAAGAUCCGGAGGUGUCAUCAGUAGCCGUGUGUGCUGGUUCCGGAGGCAGCGUGCUGGGUGGUGUUCCCGCUGACCUUUUGCUGACGGGGGAGAUGUCGCACCACGAGGUGCUGGACGCCGUCCACAGAGGAAGUAGUGUCAUCCUCUGUCACCAUAGCAACACAGAACGCGGCUUCCUGGUGCCUCUCCGCGACAAGUUGAGCGGAUUGCUGGGCAGCUCGGUGGACAUCUUUAUAUCGGAGACAGAUCGCGAUCCGUUAGAGACUGUCUAGUAUUUAAUCAUAGGAAGGGGUCAUUUCAAGAACGUACCUAAGUCCAUUUUUGCGAAAAUCGAGAUUUUUGCAUAGGAUGAUAAAAGAAAGGGGGCUGCACCCUGUCAGCUUUCUAUGGAGAUUGUAUCUUUGAUUUUCAGAGCUGUGUCCUCUGUUUUAGCUCGCCUUUCCCAGUGCAGUACUACAUUAACGAGAAACAGUUUUUGGCCUUUUUCUCAAAACUACUCUAGUGGGACUUAGUUACGUUAUUGAAAUAACCCCUUCUUUAUUUAGACUUACGCUUGUCGCUGACCGUAAUCCACUGGGAACUCUUUCUAGUGUCUGGUCUAAUCUUAUCAUCGGUUUCGCAAGCAGUCAACUUAAGUCCUUUCGAGUACUUUUUGCAUCACAGACAAAAACUAGCUUUUGUUGCGUUGUUUCUAUCAGGAAUCAUGAAAAGCAAAAAAAUUGUACCUAAGCAUUGACCAUAGCAUUAACUCUUUAACCAUGUCUGGACAGUGGCAGCGUUCGGUAGUCGAGGUCCGUAUCCAUGGCUGGACGGUACCACCGUCCGAUGCGAAGUUAUUAUUGUAUUAUGGUACAGGCCGAAUAUUAAAAAGUACGAGCUAACAAGCCUUUAGUUUGCCCCGGAAGUCAAAGAUAAAUGAAUUCUACGUUUGGGUAAUGCUUUAUUGAUCAGUUUGACGAGAAACGAGCGUAUUAGAACACAUAAUAUGUCGAGUCUCAUUUCCACAAACACGAGAGAAUUAUGCAGAAACGUGAUUUUAAAUUGCAUGGUCAAAGAGUUAAACUGCAUUUUGGUGAUGUUGAAAGGUGCAUCUUUGACGGAGCUUUCGGAGGGUGUAAAAUUUUAGAAAUUCUCAAAAUUUGGACUUAAGUUGAUAGCUUGCAACAGCGACGUUAUGCUUGUCACUUCCAUGAUCUUCUGUGGUCUCUGGAAAUGUCUUGUGUCAAGUCAUAAGCCUCAGCCUGUAACUAUUGCUGCAGUGGUUUACAGUACCGUGGAACUGGGAUUCAAAGAGAUUCUUUUUAGGUCAGGCCCGGCGACUUCGUUGAUACCGAGUUCCACAGUAUACUGUAGGCAGUUCCAACUGCCCAGUGUCAAGCCAUGUGCUUUAUUAAUCUCAUCUUCCUCCGAAACUCGUACGAUGGAAUCAAAUCAGAAUGAACUUGGAAGAAAUCCGCUCUUGCUUUUAUAGUAAACUGAGCUUCUGCUUUGGUCCCUA